GUGCGGCACCUGCAAGUCUCAGUGCACUAGUACAAGGCUCUUCAAGCAGAGCACAAGCCGAUGCGGUGUCUGAAGUUCGGUGCAAAGGAAUGAUGUCUGCUGAGGUUUUAGAGAGAAGUCAGAACAUUAAAGUGAGAGAGACCGUUAGAGUAAAACACAAGGAACUGUCAAGACAGAGAGAAACAGAAUAGAAAUGGGAAGUACUGUGAAGGGACGUCGGCAAUUUUUGGAGAUCAUCUUGGUUCUCGCGCUGUGUGCAACGCGCGCCAGCGGUCGAGGAGCCGUCAGUGAUGCCCUUGCUGAUUCUCUGUCAUCAGUUGGUGGGACAUUACCUCACUUCCUGCAAGAGCCUGAGGAUGCUUACAUAAUCAAAAACAACCCUAUCAAGCUGCGCUGCCGUGCGACCCCUGCCCUGCAGAUCUUCUUCAAAUGUAAUGGGGAAUGGGUCCAUCAGAACCAACAUACUUCACAAGAGUACAUGGACCAUAACACUGGGCUGAAAAUCUGUGAAGUGACGAUCAAUGUUACCAGGCAGCAGGUGGAGGAUUUCCAUGGUCCAGAAGACUACUGGUGCCUGUGUGUGGCCUGGAGUCACCUAGGAACCUCGAAGAGCCGUAAGGCCACAGUGAGGAUAGCCUACCUCCGCAAGAACUUCGAGCAGGAUCCUCAAGGGAAGGAAGUGCCAAUCAAGAGCAUGAUUGUGCUGCAUUGCCGUCCCCCAGAGGGCGUGCCCAUGGCAGAGGUGGAGUGGUUGAAAAAUGAAGAUUUGGUUCGCUCCCUUGGAGACGAUAACAUUGACACUCGUGCUGACCACAAUCUGAUCAUCAAUGAAGCAAGACUCUCUGACUCCGGCAACUACACCUGCCUCGCCAGUAACGUAGUCGCAAAAAGACGCAGUGCUACAGCUACUGUAGUUGUGUUUGGAAUGAGAAUUGAGCACCUACCACCAGUGGCUGUCGAGGCAGGCAGACCGAUCACAGGGAUUGUAGGUGGGGCAUGGAAGGAAUCCGACAGGAAGUGA